GGAGAAGCGUUGGGGGGCGGGGACAAGGUCGGCGACGGCUGGAUAGGUAGCGGUAGGUUAGAGAAGCAGCGGCAUUAGCGUGCUCCGACCCUCUGGGAAAGGACCUGGGCCUUGCAUUUCCCUUAGCCCCUCUGUACGACCCCCAUGAUCUUCGGAAAACAGUGCAGACCCCGUGGGGGGGGGGGGAGGAGAGAAAUAGCUGGCACGUGACCUGCCUUAGCCAAUCUGGGUGUUGCUGACGUGGCCGCGCGGCCCAAAUGAUUUCCCCACCCCACCCGACUGGGAAGGGAGGGGCUGGGGGCUACGCCCCCUCCCCCAACUGCUUCGGUUUCCGGGGUGGGGGGUGACACCCCGGAUUACGUUCUCCCCCCUACCCCGCACCGAGCCUAGGGGAACAUUGGAUCCCCUUUGGAAGGUUCCAGGACCCAGGUAAGAAGGGGCCUUUGGAGGGGGAUGUUGCCAGUCAUUUACGUGCUUAACCAGUGGUGGGGAGUCCGGGAGGGAGAUUCUUGGGGUUCACAGUAAAAUCCUGAGGGUGGGUUUGUCCUUCAAGUAUUUAAUAGCCAGUGAAUGGGAGCGUGAAGAGGAGCGAGCAGGAGAGGGCACCUCUGAUGGGGGAGGGGAAUGGCCAACUUCAGGCCUCCAUACCAAUAGGAGGGCAAAGGGGACUGGGGCGGUGUGCUCCCACCCCUGCCAAUUCCCUUCAUCCGCUGGUGGGUACGGAAGCCCGGAACUAGAUUCUUCACCACAGCGUCCUCACCGUCAAGAACAACCACUCGCCAGUCGACCUACGGCCACACCCUGGCGGGCCGAGGUUGGCUACGCCCACGCGGCUCCCACCCGUCCUGCUGGUCUGACCUGCGGAGGAGCUACGAAUGGCACGACCUGUCCGAGUUUGGCAGUCGCCAGUGGCACCAGGCCUGCACGCCUGGGAAGACUCUUGGAAAGGAAGAUGGGGAGGUGGUGUUGCAAACUGCCAACCUCCCUCUUUCCUUGGAGUCACCGAACCACAGCGCAGCCAAUUGGCUCAGUGAUAAUGGCGGAUUGCCGCUUCCCUUUGGGUCAAUGCGGCACUCUUCUGCCUGGUGACUGACGCUUUGGAAAUGAAGUUUAUGACAUAAUGGCUUCAACCGACCAAUAGAAAAUGCUCCAGCGGAGAGGCGUUCCCUCUGCUGCCACUGGACUUCUAGCGCGUGAGCGAGGGAGCGUACGCGCGCAGGGGGUGGGGGAAAUCUCGAGCACGGUGGCGCGCAUGAGCGGCGAAGCUCCUCCCCUCCUGCCAAUAUAUAAAGGGCUGGCGCGGGGCUCGGCGGCGCCAUUUCGCGCUGGAGUGGAGCAAACUCUAGGACGAGCUGGAGGAUUCUGCCUACCGAUACAGAGCUCGCAAGUCGUCGGGACCGCCAUUACAAUCCACGUCCAUCCUCUUGGAAAUGGCCUUCCUCUCGGCCUGUGACUGGUCCUGGGGGACAGUACAGACCCCAUAGAAGCCCCUGAAGCUCCCCUUUUUCGGGCCCCGCCCAAUCCUCGGAAUCUGUCCACCCCCUCUACUCCGCCCUCAAGAGGAUUUCAAAGAUGGAGGCGGCGGCUCCCUAAACCAUUUUCCCGUGUUCAUCCGCCUCCAUCGAGAUCGAAACGGGACCUCGUUUACCCCGGAUGGUCCCCCCAGGAAGAGGGGAUCCUUGCAGACCAACAUCGGGCGAUAUUGACGACGGUGUCUGGGAUCGGGGUCCUUCCUAGGGUUUGAAGAGUCCGUCUCGUUCGCCCACCUUUGCCGGGGCCGCCGCCAUUUUCUCGCUGUCCGCUUCUUGUGGAGCGCGCCAAGCUGCGGGGAGUUCUCCGUGAAGCAGCGGAGGAGACUGCUUUCGUGCCUGUCCUGUGGGAAAGGGGGGGUUGUCGCCUGGAAGGCAGGGCAGCGGCCCCCCCCAUUACCCGGGUUAUGCUGGACGGGGAGAUAAGGGGAACCGAGGCCACCCGGACUUUACGCGGCUGAGUGUAGCGCCGGUUCCCCGCCGUCAAGAUGCUGCAAAACGUGACUUCCCACAACAAACUCCCUGGGGAGGGGAAUGCAGGGUUACUGGGGCUAGGUCCAGAGGCUGCAGCGCCUGGGAAAAGGAUUCGAAAGCCUUCCUUGUUGUAUGAGGGAUUCGAAAGCCCUACGAUGGCUUCAGUGCCAGCCUUACAACUGACCCCUGCCAACCCACCACCCCCGGAGGUAUCCAAUCCAAAAAAACCAGGACGGGUUACCAACCAGCUGCAAUACCUGCACAAGGUAGUGAUGAAGGCUCUGUGGAAACAUCAGUUUGCAUGGCCCUUCCGGCAGCCUGUGGAUGCCGUCAAACUGGGUCUGCCGGAUUAUCACAAAAUUAUAAAGCAGCCUAUGGACAUGGGUACUAUUAAGAGGAGACUUGAAAAUAACUAUUAUUGGGCUGCUUCAGAGUGCAUGCAGGAUUUUAAUACCAUGUUUACCAACUGUUACAUUUACAACAAACCCACUGAUGAUAUCGUCCUGAUGGCACAAACGCUGGAAAAGAUCUUCCUACAAAAAGUGGCAUCGAUGCCACAAGAAGAACAAGAACUUGUGGUGACCAUCCCUAAGAACAGCCACAAGAAAGGGGCCAAAUUGGCAGCACUCCAAGGCAGUAUCACCAGUGCCCAUCAGGUGCCUGCUGUCUCUUCUGUAUCUCACACAGCCCUGUAUACUCCACCUCCUGAGAUACCUACCACUGUCCUCAACAUUCCCCACCCAUCAGUCAUCUCUUCUCCCCUUCUGAAGUCCUUACAUUCUGCCGGACCCCCGCUCCUUGCUGUCUCUGCAGCUCCUGCAGCCCAGCCCCUUGCCAAGAAAAAGGGGGUAAAGCGGAAAGCAGAUACUACCACCCCUACACCUACAGCCAUCCUGGCUCCUGGUUCCCCAGCUAGCCCCCCUGGGGGUCUUGAGCCUAAGGCAGCACGGCUUCCCCCUAUGCGUAGAGAAAGUGGUCGCCCCAUUAAGCCUCCACGCAAAGACUUGCCUGACUCUCAGCAACAACACCAGAGCUCCAAGAAAGGAAAGUUAUCCGAACAGCUGAAACAUUGCAAUGGCAUAUUGAAGGAGUUACUCUCUAAGAAGCAUGCUGCCUAUGCCUGGCCAUUCUAUAAACCAGUGGAUGCUUCUGCUCUUGGCCUGCAUGAUUACCACGAUAUCAUUAAGCACCCCAUGGACCUCAGCACUGUCAAGCGGAAGAUGGAGAAUCGUGAUUACCGGGAUGCCCAGGAGUUUGCUGCUGAUGUGCGGCUUAUGUUCUCCAACUGCUACAAAUACAAUCCCCCAGACCACGAUGUUGUAGCCAUGGCACGAAAGCUACAGGAUGUAUUUGAGUUCCGUUAUGCCAAGAUGCCAGAUGAACCACUGGAACCAGGGCCGCUACCAGUCUCUACUGCCUUGCCUGCUGGCUUAGCCAAAUCAUCUUCAGAGUCCUCUAGUGAGGAAAGUAGCAGUGAGAGCUCUUCAGAGGAAGAGGAAGAUGAAGAAGAUGAAGAGGAGGAGAGUGAAAGCUCUGACUCUGAGGAAGAAAGGGCUCAUCGCUUGGCUGAACUACAGGAACAGCUUCGGGCUGUACAUGAGCAACUGGCUGCCCUGUCCCAAGGCCCAAUAUCCAAGCCCAAGCGGAAGAGAGAAAAAAAAGAAAAAAAGAAAAAACGGAAGGCUGAGAAGCAUCGAGGCCGAGCUGGGGUAGAUGAAGAUGACAAGGGCCCUAGGGCACCCCGCCUCCCUCAGCCCAAGAAGUCCAAGAAAGCAAGUGGCAGCGGAGGUGUCAGUGGUGCUGCAUUAGGUCCCCCUGGCUUUGGACCUUCUGGAGGAAGUGGCACCAAAUUGCCUAAAAAGACUACAAAGAUGGCCCCACCUACCCUGCCUACAGGCUAUGAUUCAGAGGAGGAGGAAGAAAGUAGGCCAAUGAGUUACGAUGAGAAGCGGCAGUUGAGCCUGGACAUCAACAAAUUACCUGGGGAAAAGCUAGGUCGAGUUGUGCACAUAAUCCAAGCCAGAGAGCCCUCUUUACGUGACUCAAACCCAGAAGAGAUUGAGAUUGAUUUUGAAACUCUGAAGCCAUCCACGCUUAGAGAGCUGGAGCGCUACGUCCUUUCCUGUCUUCGAAAGAAACCUCGGAAGCCCUACACCAUUAAAAAACCUGUGGGAAAGACAAAGGAGGAACUCGCUUUGGAGAAGAAGCGUGAACUAGAAAAGCGGUUACAAGAUGUUAGCGGGCAGCUCAAUUCCACCAAAAAGCCCCCCAAGAAAGCGAGUGAAAAAACAGAGUCCUUAUCUGCUCAACAAGUUGCAGUAUCACGACUCAGCGCUUCCAGCUCCAGUUCAGACUCCAGCUCCUCCUCUUCAUCUUCCUCCUCUUCAGACACCAGUGAUUCAGACUCAGGCUAAGGGGCCAGGCCAGAUGGGGCAGGAGGCUCCGCAGGACCGGACCCUCAGACCACCCUGCCCCACCCCUUCUCCCUUUGCUGUGCCGCUUCCUCAUCUCACCCCCCUUCCCCGCUGUAGGAGGUUUCCUCAUCUCACCCCUCCCCCCACUGUAGGAGAGCUGGCUCUGCAGGGGGGAGGGAUGUAGGGACAUUUACAGAAGGAGGGACACAAUGGACAAAAUAAGGUUCAGUUCCCAGCCCCAUAGAGAGACAUCUCUUGGGCAUAAAACCCCAUUCAAAAUGUAUGGGAUAGGGCGAGUGGAUGGUAUGAGUGGGCAGAGACCCUGAUGGGGGGUAACCUGAGGCCAUUGCUGCCCUGUUCAUUUGUAAAGGCCCAGUUUUGAGGUUGGUUGAUACUAAUUUAUUUUAAGCUAGGUAAGGCUGAGGGUUGUGGAGACAUCAUUCUCGGCCUCCAUGGAGAAGGAAGAAAGUGGAGCUCAUUUUUUACGUUGACAUUUUUCUACUCUGUUUUUCCUUUUUCUCAAUUUGGGGCCCCUGGGGGUUUCUGUCGUCUCCCCAUUUGGUCCCCUGGAUUGUCUGUUGAUUCUAACUUGUAAAUAAAGAAAGUAUUAUU